GCUGGCAGUUUUCGUUGAUCUGUGAGCGAGUGAGUGUCCAAAUCGAUGCAUGCGAUUGAAGUGUCCGCCGGAGCAGCCCCCCGCCCCACCUCUUACCUGCCCUGCGUGACCUUUGCCCCCGGCCAGAAUGCAACCGGAAUGGGUGAGCAACGGAUUGGACCGCUUGUCGCCGAACGGACGGCCCAAAGCCGAAUCUUCUACGGACUCGAGGUGAUGGCCAGUGGACCAGGGGGCAGACCCACCUGCCUGGACUUCAACCACUUCCUGCCACUGCUGCCCACCUUCGUGAGCGUCGUUUGGUUGGGUCAGCGGUACUGGGACGUGGAUCCCAUUGGUCAGGUGGAGAGCCUUCAACUGGCCCAGCACCUGGCCACCCACAUCCCCGUGUUGCCACACCUCUCCGCCUAUCGAUUGGAAAAGGAGCGACUCGAUCAGUUCCUGGCCCUCAACUUCAGCAGCCUGCUGGCCGUUCGAGGGGAUCUGGUGCACGAGGGCCAGGAAUUCGGCUUCAGUCAGCCCAUGGUCGAGCAAUCAAGAAGCCAGCGAGGCGAAAGAAUUUCAAUUUGCGUGCCUGGAUACCCAGAAGGAUACACUAGCUUAGGCGACGUACCUCAAAAUUCAGCUAGAAACAUGGAGUACCUGAAAGCAAAGGUGGCGGCUGGAGCAGAUUGUAUUAUUACCCAAAUAUGCUACCGUCCCGAAGUCAUCGUGCAGUUUAUCAAGGAUUGUAGGGCAGCUGGGAUCACUGUUCCGAUUGUGGUGGGACUGAUGACCCACGAAUCCUUUCGGACUUACUCGGUGAUGGAGAAAAUAGCCGGUGUCCAUCUGCCUACAGAGUUGCGACAGGAGCUCGAUCAACUACGGAGUCAUCAUAAGGCGAAUUCGAAAUCUGAACCGAAUCCGAUAAGUAGGUAUUUUGUCAACCUGACCGUCCGAAUCGUUCGCCAUAUCCUGGAUGCUGAUUUGGGCAUUUGGGGGUUCCACUUCUUCACACUGAAUCAUUUCAAGCCAGUGCAAGCGGUGCUUCAAGAACUUCGGGACUUGGAUAUACUAAUAGAUCCCGAACAGGAGGAAAAACAACAUGAAACUAAAAUGUAUAGAGUACUUUGAAAUUUAAAUUUUUUAUAAGUUUUUAAUUUGGAUCGUUCAGGGUUACAAUAAGAAAUUUGAAUUUUUUUUCUUGAAAAUAAUAACUUUAGUAUCUUAACACA